CGCAUUUUCGCUUUUGCUACCUUUCCAUGUAACCCACGCCCCUACCGCGUCGUUUCCGACGUUUAAACAUAACUACGGCAAAAAUAUUGUAAUAUAUGUUGUAUUCCAAAAAUGUCGUUUAGAAGUUUUGAAGAUUCUGCUCAGGAUGUUCCCACCGAAGAUAUUUUGGAGCACUUUGGAAGCGAUCCAACGCCAGUUAGACGACGACAACAGCUGAAAUACAAAAAUGGAGAGUGUUUUGUGCCUGUUGAAACCAUUGUGGACAACUAUCCAAAACAAAGAAGUUUCCAUCAUUAUUGCAAUGCUGGGCCAUUACUCCACGAGGCUGAAGCAGCCAAUUCCGCCGUUCUCUCCUUUGACGCGUAUGCUGAAGAAGACGGAUUGGACGAAGAGAUCCAUAGAAUUCGUAUUUUCAAAAUCAAUUAUCAUCUUAAUGAUGACACAAUCACUGUUAAUGAGCCAUUUGUUGACAAUACGGGAUAUCUUCAUGGAAGAAUAUUUCGUCGGCAAAAAGUUCCUGCACACAAUCGUAUUGGAAAGCCAUAUGUCCAUUGGAGUGAUCUGAAUGUUGGAACUGAUAUCAAUUUGUUUCAAACUAUUUAUAGAAUUACUUCUUGUGAUACAUUCACGCGGAGUUUUCUUGAAGAGCACGGAACUAAAGUUAACGAGGAUGAAGAAUUGCCUGAAGAUCCAUGGCUAGUGCGAAGGCGUGGAGCCCCACGAACUGCUCCAAAACUUCCCGAUCAGAGAGAGUUCAUUAAUCGACCACCAAUGUUGGUUUACCGAUGCUGCUGGCUGGAUCACAUGAAUGAUUUCCAUGGAUGCCGGAUGAAGCGCAUUUUCAAAAUGUAUGUUUAUUGUUCUGACCAUACAGUUGCGCUUAUAGAAGAAACAAAAGAAUUCGAGGGUCAGCUAUUUUUGAAGAGGAUCGCUCUUCCAUUUCCAGUACAACCAGACAUGGUAAAACGUGAUUAUCGCUGGUGGGAUAUUAGGCCAGGAGUGUGGGUUGAUGUUUUUUGUCGACCGAUGUUUGUGUUCGAGUGUGCCAACGACGAAACUAAAUCUUUUACAAGGCAACAAUUUGGAGAGACAGACUUUGCUAACUAUAGCAGUCAGAUUUUGGAAGAAGGUCCUCCAACAACGCAAUUUUUUAAUUCACCAUCAAUAUUGAAGUUUCGUUGCACAAUGGUUGAUGCUCCUUCUGUAUUGUACGGUCUUCAUUUUCUUCUCUAUUAUGAUGUUAAUCGCCGAAUAGUAAACAUAAACGAGGAAGGCAGGAAGACGUGGACAGAUGGAAGGGUUUUUCUGAAAGACGUUGAUGCUUCAACUUUUAGCGAAAAUCAAUUUGCACCAGGAAGAAUUUUGCAAUUUUUCAAAUGGCGAUUUAAUUUGGUACAGUCUAGUGGAGAGACGGGCAAAUAUCUUCGCUGGAAACAAACGCCAAUUCAUAAAUAGCUUUUACAAUAAUUUUUUCGCUACUAACUCAAUAUUCUUCUUUUAAACUGUUAGAUUUGAGUAAACAUGUUUUCC